CCCAUGGGAUUCACAGAUAUCAGCGAUCUAGUUCGGCUUUAACUUUAGAUCGUACCGCCAAAAACAACUCAACUUAUUUUCAAUAAAAAUAACAACAAAUAACAAAAAAAGACGCCCAAUCAAUCAUGAGAGACGCUAGGCGGCAAUUUAAUCUUUCCUAAAGUCAAAUAUGAUAUAAUUCAUCUAAAAAUAAUUAAAUACUAAUUUCUUGGCGAAGAUUACUUGCAUUGCUCGUAGAGUAUUUUUCUUUCAUCGAUAAACAUGUUUGUUUUUCUUAUUUUGUAACAUUUAAAAUAGACAUAGUAUCUUGAUUUCUGAAACAACUAUUUUUUAUUGUUAUUAUUGAAAUGGGUCAAAGGAAGAAAAAAACCCAAAAGAAAAAGGAAGCUUGUUUAUUCUGUGGUAGAGAUGAAGAUGAUGAAAUUGUUUUUGGUAAAUUUUUUCAUGACAAGGACUUAUCUAUUCACCAAAAUUGUAUGUUCCUUUCAAGUGGACUUGCUCAGCGCGGAUCGAAAGAAUCAGAAGGCAUCUUAGGAUUUCUCCCUGUAGAUAUCAAAGAAGAAUAUGCAAGAGGUCAGAAAUUGAACUGCUGUUAUUGUAGACAGGGAGGAGCUACUCUGGGAUGCGUUGUAAACAGUUGCAAGAGAUCAUUCCAUCUUCCCUGUGGUGUUAAAAAUCUGGCUCUUAAUCAACAUUUCGGUGAUUUUUCUUCUUAUUGUCAUGCUCAUAAACUAAAGCAGAAGCAUAUACAGAUUAAAGAAGACCUGUAUUGUUACAUAUGUUGUUCAGAACUUACACCAGAUGACUUAGAAAACUGUUUAUAUUCUCCAUGCUGUAAAAAGAAUUGGUUUCAUCAUUAUUGCCUUCAGAAAUAUGCGAUCAGUGCUGGUCAGCAUUUUUUUAAGUGCCCUCUUUGUAACAAUUCAUCUACGUUUGUGGAAGAAAUGAAAGUAUAUGGUGUUUGUAUUCCAAAUAAGGAUGCCUCAUGGGAGUUAGAGUCUAACGCAUUUAAUGAACUUCUUUAUCGUCCAAAAUGUGGUGCUUCUGAAUGCAGUUGCUACCGUGGACGAGAACAUGAUGGCAAAGGCUCUUGGAGUUUAUUGGCAUGUGCGGUUUGUGGGGCUGACGCGACACAUAAACAUUGUGGUAAUCUGAAAAAGUCAGAUAAGAUAUGGAGAUGUGAUGACUGCCAAGCCUUUGAAACAGCCAGAAAGAAAAAGGAAGAUUCCAUCAUUAAUGACUCCAAAAAUGUAGCGGUUGCAACUUUGAAUUUUAAUGGAGAAAGUUUAAUUGAAAGUAAAAAUAAUGUGGUCAGUAAUGAUGACAAUACCUCAUUGCAUCAAGAAAGUGUUUCUGUAGCAACUUCUAGUGGUGAUGAUAAAACUAUAAAAACAAAUGUAAAUGUUGAUUUCAGAAAAGAUGAAACUACAAAUGAGGUAAAAAAUAACAGUCCGAUUGAAGUAAGGUAUAAGUUACGAUCCUUUUCCAUUGUUUUGAAUAAGGUAGAUGUCAAAUCUACUAAACUAGAAAGUGCUAAAACCUUUAACGAACGAGGCGAUGAUGCAAAUCGUCUGAAAUGUGAAAGUAAAUCAAAUUGUAUAAGUUCUGAUAAAUCGAGUGUUUCAUUUACAAAUAAAGGAUGUGAAUCAGUUUUAUCCUCAGAAACUAUUGUUUUAAAUGAGGUAGCAGUAGCUGUCGAAUCUACUAAACUAGAAAGUGCUAAAACCAUUAACAAACAAGGCGAUGAUGCAAAUCGUCUGGAAUGUGAAAGUAAAUCAAAUUGUAUCAGUUCAGAUAAAUCGAGUGUUACAUUUAAAGAUGAAGGAUGUGAAUCCGUUUUAUCCUUAGAAACUAAAUUAAGUAUUGACUCUGAUAAAUGUAGUACAAUAGUUGAUAACUUAACUAUUCUUUCUCAUAAUGAUAAAAACCUAUUUAAGGACCCAUCUGAGUCAGAAAAAAAUGUAUCACAUAUGGUAUAUGAUCAUGUAAAUGAUACAGGAUUGCUUAAAGAUAAAAGCGUCAAAGAAUUUUCUUUGCGUGACAAGGGUUUAAAGAUAUUGGGUGAUUUUAAGACUGAAAACAGUGAAAUGAGACCAAGGAAAAUGAAAUGUUUAAGAGAUCGUAAUGAAAUAGUUAAAAAUAGAAUCGAAAAAUCACAACCUGUUAUUCUGGUGAAAAGGCAAGCGGUAAGUAUCCUGAAACCUGUUAAGCCAAAACGACGCAAGAUAAUCGGAAAUGGUUGUUGUUCGGGAGGUGAUAGUCAUUGUAUUAAAAAAAUGUUUGGAAUCAGCUGUGAAAACUGUAAAUGAUAUAAGUUGUAUUAUAUAGUAUUUCAUUUCAUCUCUGAAAAACAUUUAAUCAGUCAGAAAAUAUUUUAUUAUGAUUUUUUUUUAUCUUCAUGAUUUUAAACUGAGUCUUAGAAACUCAAUGCAUCAAAGAUAUAUGUAAAUAUUUCUUUCUGACUUGUUUGUGUUAUAUGUAUAUCAACACAUUUCGCAGUUUUUGUUGAUAUAUAAAUAAUAAGUUAUGAUAUUUUCAUAGAAUUUCAGGGGUCUGUCCAGGCCAUAUUUACUACCGUUUAGCGGUACCUUCACAAAUUCCACUUUAGGAAAAAUGGUACUUUCACAAAAUACUUUUUCUUAAAAUUUUAUUUUUGUAUCCCGUAAGAAACGAUAAAUCCAUAUUUUUACCAUAAUUUUGUGUCUGCUUUUUAGUAUACUUUUUAAUUUUUCACAAAUUAUGUCUUAAUUUUCACAAAGUAGGUACCUCUCAGAAAUACCUAGACAGACCCCUGAAUUUAAUUUUUCUUGGAAAAUUUUCCAUAUUAGUACAGUACCUAUGGUCCUGCAUAUAUUUUGGUGGUUUUUGGGCAGUUGCUCUAUGAUAAAUUAAAAAUCACAUAACGGGGCAAAGCCGAAAGGUGAGACUCUUAACACCAACCAGGCAACUCUCUAUAUAUUUUUCUUGAAUUUAUACCAUGUUAAACAUUGGACAAAUUCAUUUGAUGUCUUUACCUA